AUGAACAAUGCGUUUGUCAUCUUCAACAACCUACCGCCGAGACUGAUGAUCAAGGAAGCAACGUUGCACUUGGCCUGUCCCGAAGCCUGCUUCCAGGCGACGGAUGGGGCUGACUGUGUCAACAAAAUUCGACGAUGGUACCUCGGGACAUCUCCAGGUACUCAGCUCUCCUACCUGGAAGGCAUCGAGCUUAUCCGCCAGGAAUCUAUGAGCGUGGAGAUCCAAUGCCGUUGCGCCUUUCUAGGGCCGCUGAACCUAUUUGCUCUCACCUCCUCGCUUCACGGCCUCAUUUUCCAGUACCAGCACUGCUUUCGCGAACAGGCCCAGCUUGUUCCAAUCCGAAAUGCAGCAAAAAACUGGGGAAUGAUCUGGCAAAUGUACUCGGAGGACUUCUCGGCUUCUCCGCCACAUGCCAUGGUCACCGAGGACACCAUGACGAUUCACAAAAUGUGCAACAGAGUCGGAUUCAUGAGGCACGCACCGGAAUUCUGGCUGCUGGCCAAACUCAUGAUGGACCGCAUCACAAAUUGCAAAGUCCUCGAGCCAAGAGAGCCCUUCGGCAGCCUCGUACCAGAGACGCCCUCGGCCACUGACGACUCGACGGAGCCCAUCUACCACGAGUACGAUCAGACUAGCAUGCAGCAAGUUAACGACUUGAUCACCAUUCUUCAACGAAUUCACAUCCAGUGA